AUGCCUUCAAAUUGUCAGCUUCUGCUCUUUAUAAUACUCAUCUUAGUACCUAAAUCCAUUUUCCUGGAGCUCUCACUUGCUUCUAGUGGUGAGACGCUUGUCUCCGAUUGGAGGCCCAUCAAGAAUUUGAGUGACACAAAGGUGGUGGACGCCGCAAAGUUUGCAGUAGCAAGACACAACUUUGAGGCCAAGACUCGAUUGAUCUUUGACGAUUUGGUAGACGGUGAAGUCAAGUCACAUAGCGGAACAGAUUACAAUCUAACAAUCGCGGCCAGAGAUGAUGGUGAUACUGAUUAUGAUGAUACACCAAGGAUAUAUGUAGCUAUUGUUUCUCAUAGGCAGUUUCAAGAAUUUAUGCGUCUUGAUUCAUUUAGGGGACCCGUUUAG